AUGGAUAAAGAAAAAAGUAUAAUUGGAUAUUGGAUAUCGGAAAAGAAACAGCAGAAAUUGAAUUGGAAAGAAUUUAAAAAUAUUUGUGAGCAGAAAGGUUUUGUAUUAAAAGAGAUUAAUCUUGAUAGUAAUCUUGAGUCUCAAGGACCAUUCCACGUCUUCCUUCAUAAAUUAACCGAUACGUUGGCAUUAGCAGAAAGUGGUGAUCAAAAUGCCAAGAGAAUUGUGAUUAAAGCUCAAGAAUAUUUGUAUCAACAUCCAGAAAUGAUACCGAUAGAUCCUUUUGAAAAUGUUAAAAAUCUAAAUAAUCGUCAACAAUCUUAUUUAAUGUUACAAAAAGAAAUCAAAUCGAGUGAUAUAUUUGCUCCAAAUACAAUCCAAUUAAAAUCCAAGAAUGCGGAUGAAAAUUUAAAGUACUUGAGAUCAGCGGGUAUUAGAUUCCCAUUUAUAAGUAAACCUCUAUUUGCUCAUGGCUCCAGUGAUGCUCAUAAGAUGAUGAUAAUAUUCAACGAAAAAGAUCUCAUGGACUGUCAAUUACCUUGCGUGGCACAAGAUUUUAUUAAUCAUAAUGCAGUUUUGCACAAAGUUUUUAUUGUUGGGAAAUAUUUCCAUGUUGUUGAAAGACCAAGUUUGAGAAAUUUUUAUCCAAUCGAUUGCGAGCAAUUGAGCACAUUAUUUUUUAGUUCACAUGAUAUUUCAAAGAGUGGAUCAAACUCACAAUGGUCAGUGAUAUCAAAAGAAGAUAAAGCUUUGAGAAUUGAACCGAACCAUGAAAUUAUUCAGUAUAUUGUUGCAAAAAUGACGAAAAUUUUUGGACUAACACUUUUGGGUGUUGACGUAGUCAUUGAAAAUCAUACUGGAAAAUAUGCUAUUAUAGAUGUUAAUGUUUUUCCAGGAUACGAUGGUUAUCCACAUUUUUUUACACAUUUAAUUGAUACAAUUACAAAUUUUAUUACCGAACGGCGAGUGAAUCAUAAUUUAGACUGUUCGAUAUUAAAAAAAUGUAACGAAGAGUUAGAUUCAGGUUUUGAAAGUGAUGAUAAAAAGAAACAAUCUAUUAAAUAA